UUUUUGACGCUUUGUCACUUGCGAAUUUUGUUUGUCAAUGUCAAUGGCCGGGUAAAAAAUAUUUAUAAACAAGUUUUAAGUCUUGAAAUAAAAACAUUUCCUCACAAAUGUCUGGUUACAAACGCGUUAGCUUUUACGAAUUGUGCAGACUUUGUGCUUCAAACACUCAAAAAGAAAAAGUGCAUAUAUUCAGAGACGAGGGCAAGAAAAUCCAGCUUCAAAAUAAAAUUCAGACUUGCUUGGCGCUAACAGUAAAUGAAAAUGAUUUCUUACCCAAGGUGGUGUGUUCAAAAUGCUUGCAAGGCCUGGAGACGUGCUAUGUCUUCAGACAAGAGUGUGUACGAUCUGAAACAAUGUUGUCUACAUAUUUCAAGAAUUUUCGGUAUACAGACGAUUUUAAGAAGUCAGGGAAGGUAUAUAUAAAGGAUACUAAGCCACCUAACCAGACUCAAGCAGCUCCACAACCAAUAACAGAAGUGUUGACAGCUGUCAACCCUGCCAAUAAUGUUGCUACCACCACAUCAACCCCAGUGCCUGCUGCUACUGCACAGGUUCAACAGAAUGUCAUUCCUUUUUACACCUUGCAACUGCCUGCCAUUGUUACAAAUCCCAAUGCUGUCUCCCAGCCCAAGAAAGAGGUAAUCACUGAUAAUUCUAAGAUCAACCAGAAUCAGUUCGCUUACAACCUCAACCUGAUCAACACAUCAAAUAUAAAGACAACAAUGCCUAAAAAUGACACUUUAAACAAUAUUGUCAUCAAUGGAGAAGUGAUAAAUUUUACACAAAUGGGAGAUUUGGACACACUGCUAAACCAAGGCAGUGUUUUGAAAAGCAAGGUGAAAAGCAAAACAAAGAAAGUGGUUGUAUCAGAUGAUAGUGUUGUCAAAAUUGAUCUGACCAACCAGGAAAUUGGUGGAGACUAUCAACAGAUGGAUUCAAAAGCAGAUAAACUGCCACAUAUCAAGUCUACAAAUAAUAUGAAUCAGCCAAACCAGAAUCAGAAGUACAACUAUUCUGUGAAGGUCGAAGAAAAGAACCAGAACCAAACAGUAAUCUUCCCAGUCUCUGAAUACAAUCAAAAUUUUAACUACAACACUGCUUCAACAGCUAUAUAUACCCAACCGACAGUAGUAAACACAGUCACCAACACUAGUGUGGUGUGCAGCACCCAAACUACGACUGUAGACAACAGUAUUUUGAGCAUGAACCUCAACGAAGGCAAUCAGCCUGAGUACACAAAUCUUGUGACUGCUGUAGCGCCAACUAGUAAUGAAGAGCCAAAACCAAACCCAAACAUUACCAAUCAAACGCAGAACAAAAGUCAUGUGUGUGACAUCUGUCUAAAGACGUUCAAACGACGAGAACAUCUCGGACAACACAUCAAGUUACAUACAGGCUUCCGGCCGUAUAUCUGCGAGCAGUGUAACAAGGCAUUUAUGAGGAAGGAGCAUUUGGUGCGUCAUAGUACUUUACACUCCGGCCAAAAGAACUACACCUGCAACAUUUGCGAGAAGAGCUUCUCGCGAAACGAUAAUCUUUUGAAGCACAAGAAAACGCACGAGAAGCAGGCGAGUUACACGUGCGAGAUCUGUCAGAAGCAGUUCGUGAUGAAGCACUAUUACAACGCUCAUAUGGUGGUGCAUGGUGACAAGUGCUACGUGCCGAGUAACAACUGGGGUUUGCUGAAGACGUAGUAAAAUCUUUGUCAAAGGGGAUGUUGUGAUUUGUAGUAUGUCGCUGUCCAAUUUUAAAAUCAUUUGGAAUUUUCAUGUCUAUUACCAUUGCAAGGUUCUGAAAUACGUGGAUUGUAAAUUCCCAUCCAAAUCAAAGAUAGAGUGGAUGUAAACACAGUUGUGUACUACGCUUGUGAUACUCGAGGUGAUUCAACAAUAUCAUGUUUGCAAAGUCUGUACUAGAUCACCUGAGCUCACCCUGUAUUAGUCUUCUGUGGCUACCGUAGCGCUCCGGCGUACCAAGCGAUCAGUUUCAAAGGAGGAGAAUUUGUAAGGCCGAUUAUCGGCCUAAUAUAAUUUUGAUCAAAAAAUAAAAUGCUUAGUUUCUAUGCCAAAACUGGCAAGGAAGUAUUGUAAUCGCGACACAGUUUGAAAUUGAUACAUUAUGUUUUUUGUAUGUUAUAUGGCAUGUACAUCACGGAAAACCAUGUCACUCAUAUCCGUCGGCCUGUCCGCAAAUUUUAUAACUCGAGAAGUACCGCUCAGAUUUUAAUUAAAUUUUCACAAGGAUACUACUAUGCCGAAGGCUUUGUAUUUUUUGAAAAUCGGUCUAAUGGUGGCCGAGCUAGGGGCACCAUAACAAAAAAAACUUAAUAAACACGCUUAAUCUUCGUUUUUUGACGUUUCUGAUGCUCCAGCUUAUUUUCGGAAUUUUUUUGUUGUGGUUGAAACUUGGGGGUCGAGGGUUGCACGGGUUAGAGGGUUGAGAAUGUAACGUCUUUAGUGUUAGUCAAAGACAAAUGCCAACUGGUCUGCGAUGGUGUCGUCACUGACACACUGCUACAGGAGAAAUAUAUAUUUUAGCAAUAUAUACCACCAAUUUCGCCUAACUUUUAAUUUGUGUUACUCCUACGAUUGUUCUCUGAAUAUGUCUUCAAGUAGAUUGACUCAUUAGCAUGAAUCAUUGAUAUACAACACAGAUACGAACUGACAAACCUAUGUAAAUGAGAUACAGGAACUUGCGUGAUGCAGACAUCUUUAAGCAAUAGAAAAAUUGUGAACCGAAGUUCGAAUAUUAUCGCGAGUUUCGUUUAGGUAGUCAUAGAUUUGAUUCAGAGGUGGCGGUAAUGAAAUCGCUGGAACAUAGUGUUACGUUUCAGAGAUUUUCAGACAUUGUUUGGAGGAGCUGAAAAUUGUAGGUUGGAAGCUGUAUACAGCAAAUGGUUGUAAAUUGUUGCAUAUUUGAAAUACUUUCUAUUAUUUUCUCUUCAUCCAUGGAAACAAAUAUGAUGGAUUAGCUUUAUACAGUUUGAUAUGCAGAGGUUGAAGAUUCGUCGUACCUAAGUCAACCUACCUAAUCACCAUUCUAUUUCGGCAUUUGAAACGAUUUGACUCGUCGCUUUCCUUUGAAACCCCCAACGAAGAAGUAGGAAGUAUAGAGUCAAUCUACUUGACGGCGUUUUUUAUUCAUGUUUAACUACAACUAAACGAUUUAACUACAAACGGCGCUUAUAGGAACUCCUCCUGGUCAAGGUCAGUUUUAGGUGAAAUGUUACCGAAUAAGCAACUACGUAUCUGGCACGCUUGUGCGUUUUUGGGGUAGCUGUGUUCGAAUCUGAUGACAGUUUGUCCGUAUUAGGUCAUUUGGAGGUCGUUUUAAGGUCGCACUGCAAUGCUUUCUCAGUCCGCCCUUGGAUCUUCCAAUGCUUUUUAGACCCCACAUUACCCGCUAUCAGCUUUAGCGCAUUUCAAAUGUCCUGAUGCGGACAAACUGACCUUAGAUUUGGAUUCAGCGAGCCCAAAAACCUAUAAGCAUGAUAGUCAAGUGCCAGAUACCUGGUUGCUUACUCAUAAACUUCGAAAUUUCACUCAAAACUGAUCUUGAAUUGACCCUCACUCCAGCCAGGAGGGGGUUUCUAUAAGUGGUGAUUGUAGACAUAUCGUCUAUUUGUUUUGUACGCAUAAAAAUGGAUUUUACUUUUUUGAUCAAAAUAAUAUUUGGCUGAACACCAGCCUUAUGGACCCUCCUCCUUUACCAACGAGGUGUGCCAUAUCCAUCUGUUGCUGAGCGAUCAGGUGAACAUUUUUGUUAUGGUUUACUUUAUUUUGGUUUUGGAGCGAGUUUUGUAGAUUGUAUCAAGUAUUUCGUCUCCUCCCUGUAAAUACGUACAAACCAAAAGGGGAGCAAAUUUUUGUUUUACAGUAUACAUUUUUUGGUAUAUUGAUCAUAUAGAUUUCAUAAUGGGACUGCGACAUAGGUACUGUACCAGGUUGUGAUUAUUAUAAGUUAUUUAUUUAAUUUAUUGAAACCACUCGUAUUUUAACAUUGCAAUCUCCUUGUAUAAAAUGCUGACAGCUUUCUUGAAUAUAGACAGCUUUGAAUUUAUUUUUCUUGAACAAGUUUUUCCUUCGAGGAUGAUUUUUUGUGAAGAAACUUGUAUGUUGCAAGAUUAUUAUCUAGUAUGUGCUAUUGAUGGCGAGCGACCAUAUAUUUUUUGCUUUUAGGGUUUUGUUUGAUGCCUUUUCAGCAGCUGAUAGAUUGUCAUAAACAUGCUGAAGAUGUCGCUGAAAUGUCGAUCUACCAGCGUGUAUAAAGGUGUCAAACCUAACGGGUGCGAGUAUGGAAAUCGGUCAAAAUGAUGGGUGAUUUUCUUACUUCGUAUAAAAACUAAGCUUUUCUAAUUUCUGAAUAUAUUUUUGUUCUAUAUUUCUACCAAAAAUUGCCAAAACACUUUCGUGACAUGUCUUCUUAACAUUUCCUUUUCUUCCAAUAUGUUAGAGCGAGAUAUGGUGUACCUGUGUUAUAAUUUUGUCUUUAUAAACGCAUGCAGUAUUUUUUUGAAUGCGUGUGAAUGUUAUUGCAUAGUUCAAACAUUAUUAUGUUGUAAUUUUUCUUGUGUUAUGUGUUUAUACAUUUAUGUAAGCGUAGAAUCUAUUGAUUCAAACUUAAUUCGUUUGUGACUUCAACCUGGUAUCAGUUGAGAACGUGAAUGUUUAUCUUUAAAGUAGUACAAAUCGAUUAUCAAAACUAUUUAUAUAUUUUUUUCCUACUAUGAUAGAAUAUGUAUAGCUAAUAUAUGGUUUGACUGAAUUUAUUCAUAUAUCAAAUAGGAUACAUCGUGUCUAUUAUAUAUACAAAGUAUACACUUUUUGAUUUUUUUUUCGAUAUAGAAAAUUGUAUCAGGAUCUGCUGAUGUAAAAACAUAGACUUUGCUGAAUUGACUCGCUAUAUUGAUGUGUUAUACGUCUUUACUUAAUUAGAAUAUGUACUGAUGCUGAAAAUUACAAAAUCCUCAUUUUCUGGAAUUUGUAUGAAUGUCUGACAGCUGUCAUGAAUGAACAAUGUCAAUGUCCAACUUUAGUACAAACAUGGAAACUCGAAAGUUCACGUGACGCACAGUUACUAGUGCGAUAUCACAUUGCUGAACUCCGUACUUUCGAUUUGUCGUAUCCAUACAAUAGAAUAAUUAUUUAUUGUGGAAAUUCUCUUGAUUGACGAUUCGGCCAUCUCGGUUGCGGUUUUCAAAGUGCCGGUCAAAAUGUCAAUAAUAUUCUAUAUUGACAUGUCUUUAAAGUAACAAUUCAUUUGUUUUUUCUUUUCUUCGCUACUAUACAGUAUGUUGCUAGAUUAACCCGAACGGUCCUGUACCUCACAGAGAUCGCGCGAAGCCAUUAUUACCAUUUUAAAAUGGCGCCACGUAAAAAUCAGUAAAGCCUAGGACCGCCUGGGUUAGGCAUUCCCGCUUCCAAAAGGUUGUCUAGCCCCUCAAGCGACAAGCGAGCACGAGGUUAUCUGUUGUUUUUUACGUACAAGACGCGUCGCCCUUGUUCAUCUCUAAGAAAAGGAUGCGAAAACUACCCAGAACUGUUGUCGCUUAUCACUUUGGAGUGGCUGAACGUCUUUAUUUUGGGAAUGAACUAUGGUAAACAAUAAUAUCCACUUAUGUAGUUUCUUUUAGCGGCCAGACAAACAUAGACCUAGAGAAUCUAUAUACACACCUGAUAUAUUUCUUCGAUUUUCCUUGGCAUGCUGGAGUGAAAUUUGGCUUUUGAUUUUUUAAUAUCAGUACAUAAUUGUUCAUGGGCGGGGUUAGAUUAGAUUCGUUAGGAGAAGAUACAUUUUGCAAGAUAUUGAAACUAAACGUAAUAAUGUUUAUUGUAUAAGGAUACUGCGUAAAGUCACAUAGUCACAACAUAAUUCUUAUUUUAAUGUCUUCCAUUUUUUUUAUGGAAAUGUAGUUAUUUUUGCUCUUAACAUUCGUGGCUGCCCUUUAACUCCGCCUAUGACUAUCGGUCUAUUAUUAUCUCUAUUGCAGGAGGGAAUUAUCUUCCUGCUGUAUGUGAUUUGCUAUGUUGAUAAGUGUAUGACAACCAAAUUAUCCAGUUUGGUAAACUCUACCGUAACUUUUCUAGUCUUUUUAGUUUGUAGGUAUUUAUUUUUCA